AUGCAGGAGUUCAGCGCAGCAACACAAAUGACCAUCUGUAUCAUUAUUUUUGGCUUGCUCCUCGGCGGCAUCCUAUGCCUCGAGGAUUUGACCUUCCCUCCCCUCAAUAACUAUCAAAUCUCUCAAGCUGGUACUUGGGAACGCACUCCCUCCUGCCCUCCUACUCCCGGUAAUUUUGGUCGCGAACAUACACCUUCCGAAUAUAGCUUUUCUUCUAUUGGUGAACGUUCUCCGCCGGUUUCCCAGUCACGCCCCGGUAGACUACGGUUUCGUGAGGUUUUUGGUGUUGAUAAUGGAUCAGCAGACGGUGAACAUCCGUCUUAUGUCCCGUACGUAAUCGAGUGGAGAGUGACUUUAAACCAUCGAGUUUUGGUGAAAGACACGGAGCAGGACUUAUAUUCGACGCCCAGUUUAUACUGGCAGAAGAUCAAUCAGGAGGCUGAACGUCUGCUGCGUCAGAAAAUAAACCCUGACCGGCGUGUGAGACUUGAUGAUACUACGAUCGUGGUUUCUAUAAAUGAUCGCUCGCAGCGUGAUCUUACAAAGCGUUUUGAAAAGACUGAUAUCGACUGGACAGCUAUAAAUAAGCAGAUCUUUAUGUGGCAAGAUCUCCUUCAUCAGCCUAAAAAAAUGCUUACGGUCUCUAUCUCUAUUAAUUAUUUGGAAGACACCAACCCCCGAGCGAAAAAAACCGACAAAAGAGGAAUUUCCUCCGUAACCAACAGAAUGCUCCAUGACUUGGAUAAUCAGAUUGAUGCCGAAGGCUACUCCAGCCAACCUUCCAUUUGGCGAGAUGUAUAUCAAAAAAUGCGGUGCCCGGGGCCGCCCUGCCAGCAUGAGGGUCAGUACUGCUGGCAAGAUCCUGUGGGAAAAAAGCAUUACCGGCUCAGGACGCAUCAUUUGAGAACUCUCGUCAAGUAUGUCGAGCAAGGCGGUAUCUUAGAGAUUCAUGAUGAUAUUCCCGAUAAUGUGCGGGAGCAGCUGUAUGCAGAAGAGCGGCAACGCCUUCUUAAACAGAAUAAAUCUGCCAGCAGCCUCGCACCUGGCUCGACGCUUCCACAGAUAAAUAUCAAUGUCCUCCCAUCACAGCCAUCCCAAUUCGUGGCCUCUUCCUCUUGGGCGCCUGAAGGAGCUCCAAAUUCGGUUCAGGAUAAUUUAAAAGAAGUCCCUGAAUUUCUUGAGUCGGCGGUGGAAGAGUAUGCAACUUGGCAUCUGUCACGGGUUGGUACCGACAGUUACAAGGAAAAUAUCAGAAAAGCGCGCGAUAUUGCAUUGGAAAACUGUUUUGACAUUGCACAAAUCCGUGGGGAAAGCCCAGACUUCUUUGUUAGCCAGGGAGUGGCAAUAGGUGCGGCGCGUAGGUUUGUUGGUCACACUAGGCUCUGGCUGAAGGAAAGGGAGGAUGGGUCUGCUUCGGAUAUCUAUUAA